GACAAUGGCGAUGGCAUCCAAACUAAUACCUCAAACCAUCGUAUGGUUAAUUCUACCUUCCUGUUUGCUCACCUUCUUCUACUCCUCACUCCUACCUCUCUACACCACCUCACCCCAACCCCACCCUUCGAAAAUCCCUCUUUUACCGCCGCCUCCAUGCAACCUUUUCAGAGGCAAAUGGGUUCGCGACCCCUCUCGAAAGCCCUUGUACGAUUCCGCCUGCCCAUUCCAUAGGAACGCCUGGAAUUGCAUCAAAAAUCAAAGGGAAAAUAUGGGUCGGAUCAAUUCAUGGAAAUGGGUGCCCGAAGCCUGUGAUCUGAAUAGGGUCGAUCCGGUCGGGUUCUUGAAUCUGAUGAGGAAUAGGAAUAUUGGGCUGGUGGGGGACUCUUUGAAUGAGAAUUUUUUGGUGUCGUUUCUCUGCGUAUUAAGCGUUGGCGAUGAUGGCGCUAAGAAGUGGAAGCGAAGGGGUUCUUGGCGAGGUGCUUAUUUCCCCAAGUUUAAUGUGACUGUGGCGUAUCAUCGAGCUGUUUUGCUUGCAAAAUUUGAGUGGCAGACUAAAUCGACCGACUUACCCAUCCAAGAUGGAGUGAAAGGGAUUUAUCGAGUAGAUGUUGACAUUCCAGCCGACGACUGGGCUAAUAUUGCUGAUUUCUAUGAUGUUCUGGUCUUCAACACUGGUCACUGGUGGGGUUACGACAAAUUCCCAAAAGAAACUCCACUUGUAUUCUUUAAAAAUGGCCGAGCAAUGAAUCCUCCCCUGGAAAUUCAGGAUGGCCUCAAAGUUGUUCUUGAGAAUAUGGUAGCACACAUUGAGAAAGCAUUCCCCGAAAAGGUGCUCAAGUUUUGGCGGCUGCAGUCGCCAAGGCACUUUCACGGUGGCGAAUGGAAUGAAAAUGGAACCUGUUUGUUAAAUGAGCCUCUUGGAGAAUCUCAGCAGCUUGAUCUAUGGUUUGAUCCGUGGAAUAAUGGAGUGAACACAGAAGCUAGGAAACUAAAUCUUAUGAUUGAGGAGGUCCUGAGAGGAACAAGUAUCAGAACACUGGAUCUGACUCGCCUAAGUGAAUUCCGAGCCGAUGCUCAUCCUUCAAUCUGGCUAGGGAAGAAAGACGCCGUAGCUAUUUGGGGUCAGGACUGUAUGCACUGGUGCCUGCCGGGUGUUCCGGACACAUGGGUCGAUAUCUUGACUCAACUGAUUACUUACAAUUUGGAGGAGAUGAACUGACCAAGAUAUAUACAUAUCUUGAUUUUUUUGGUUCUUUCCAAUUGAUCGAUAGGCAGUGUUAUAGUCUGAUGAUCUUUUUAGUAGUAACUAGUGAUUGUUGUUAUUCACACUCCCUUUCGGGCAUCGGCUGUUGAUCCUAUCAAGUCAGCAAGGUGUUGGUCUGACCGGAUCAGUAUAUGCUAUAAGAGACGGUAAGCAUAUAUUUAUACAUAUUUUAGCACAAAUCUACAGCCCUCCCUUUCUUUGGCUUUCAUAUUUCGAGGUUUUUU